UGACGAAGCCAGAGGAAGAACGAAUGUUGACGACGAGGAAGAUGGAACAAACUCAUCCAAUACCAUCAUCAACAACAACAACAACAACUAAUCACAACCAACGACCCAUCAGAACCACCAUCCAGCCACCAGAUCGAAUCCAACUCAUCAAAGCAACCCAUCCAAAUGGAAUCAACAACAACAGAACCAGCUUACCAUUCACCACCUCGCUCUCAAGAUUGCUAUUCAAGCUACUCUCUUCUCAAAACCAUCAAAGAAAAAAUACUAGCCUAAUCAACAGGAUAACUGAGUACCUCUCACUCUUGUUGAUUAGGGAACUAGCGACCUUGGAGGAUUUAUUCAUCAAAUCGCCCAUCUACCGACUCCUCAAGUUCUUGACCCCGUCGAUCCUACCCAAAUCAUCAACCUACCCAUUCCUGCUGACCCUGAUUCUGGGCGGGAUCCAACUGAAGAAGCUAUGGAAACACCAACAACAGCUAGUCUUCAACCUCCUCAUCUCACUCGGCCCACUACUCAACACUCUUCGCCUGCUCACUCACAUCCAAAUCGACCACGAUCGCAUCCAGAGUCGUCACACUGACCCAGACCACGAACUACUUCCCAAAGACCAGCAUCUUCAGGAACUCAGGAGAUGGUCUCUCUACUGGCUGGUCUAUUGUACACUCAUCAAUCUCGAGAACCUCAAGCUUUCUACCUCUGCACUUUCCAAUCAUCUAUCCCCCAUCAUCUCCCGCCCGACGAUCUACCCUAAUAUAACUCCGAUCCCUAACCAAAUAGAGAAUAUUAAAGACUCUUAUCCCGAAAAAGUAUUCCAACUCUUCAAGAAUCUCGCGUCUCAAUCUUCAAGGCACUUCUUCCACCUCUUACCCACCUUGAUUAAGCCAGCACCAUCACCAUCAGUAAUCCGUAAAAAUAUCCCACCAAGGCUGCCGAUCGAGUCCUUCGAUCUCCAUACGCAUCCGACCAUCACCAGCCAUCGACCGGUCCAAGUGUAUCUGCCCGAGUAUCUAUUCGGAAAAGAUCGACGAGUGUAUGGGAUCAUCAAGCUAGGCUUUUUGAGAUGGUGUUCGAGCGAUCGACGCCGAGGGUGCGAGAAGAUCUGGACCCACCUCCUCGGCCCGAUAGUGAGUGUGAUAGGUCGAUCAGACCGCCGGGUUACUAGAGGAUCCAAGAGGAGGAUGAAGGUUGUGCAAGUGACGAUCGAUACGGAGGAUGUUCAAGAAGAAGAUGAAGAAGAGCAAGAUCCGACGGACUCGAGCUCAGGCCCAGCCAAGAUCCUGCCCCAUCGACCCCCAUCAUCCUCGUCCCGGACCCAUCAUCCCGCCGCCACUCUGCCCGACCACCCACUCCGGCCUGAGGAGCCCCCCGAAAGCCCGGCCUCCGCCUCUGUCCGUCGGAUCCGAUCCGACCCCACACCCGCCCGCUGGGAACCUACUGGCCGACCCGCACAUGCUCUUGCGCUCUCCGCCGACCACGACCAGCUUCACUCCGAUCCCACAGACCUCUCGUCUGCUCAUCCUACGCUUCUCGAUCAUACUCAUCCUCAUCCUCUCAUCGAUCACUCUGCUUCCUGCGACAAAUCUCCUCAUAAUCUUCCCCUGAGUCAUAAACAACACCCUAACUGUCUCGCUAAAGUCCCCCAUCCUAUCGACUUCAAAACCCCGGAAAACGCGUGGAAUACUCUAAGCUUCAUCGGGUGAAACUCGUCUUUGAUUUCAUGAAGCAGAGGGUUCCUUUCUCAUGUAUUGAUAUACCCUUUCCUAAAUGGUAAUCUUUCUUUGCAAUCCUUUUCUUAAACAAAAAUCAGUCAUGCAUUUUUUUGGGCUUUCUUUUGUUUUUUUGUUUCCAAGUCAGUUUAGACUGAUAUUUUAUGAGAUGCAAUUAUCUAACGA